AUGGCACCAACAGAUUCUACUAAAAAAGUCCUUGAAGAUUUUAUUGAAAUAUAUAAAAUGAAUCCAUGCCUUUGGCAAGUCAAAAACAAAGAGUACCAUGAUCGAGACAAAAAAGAAGCUGCUUAUAAAUUGCUCAUAGGAAAACUCAGAGAAAAUGAGCCGGAUGCGAACAAAUCAGUAGUUGUGCCAAAAAUUAAUAAUUUGAGAAGCAAUGUCAGAAAGGAAAAGAAGAGAUAUGAACAAUCUGUAAAGUCUGGGGCAUCUGCUGAUGAAGUGUAUCAUGUAAAGUUGUGGUACUAA